AAGGCAAUGCCGAAUUUCACGGAUGUGACAGAAUUUAGUCCUGGGUUGACCAGUUGUCAGGAGCUUCAAGUUUUCUUUUUUGUGGUGUUCCUAGUAGUUUACAUGAUCACUCUGUUAGGGAACAUUGGUAUGAUCAUUCUGAUCAGCAUCAGUCCCCAGCUUCAGAGUCCUAUGUACUUUUUCUUGAGUCAUUUGUCUUUUGUGGAUGUGUGUUUCUCUUCCAAUGUCACCCCCAAAAUGCUGGAAAACUUAUUAUCAGAGACAAAAACCAUUUCCUAUGUGGGGUGUUUGGUGCAGUGUUAUUUUUUCAUUGCCCUUGUCCAUGUGGAGGUCUACAUCUUGGCAGUGACGGCCUUUGAUCGCUACAUGGCCAUCUGCAACCCUUUACUUUAUGGCAGUAAAGUGUCCAGGACCGUCUGUGUUUGCCUCAUCUCUGUGCCUUAUGUCUAUGGAUUCUCUGUGAGUUUAAUAUGCACAUUAUGGACAUAUGGCUUGUACUUCUGUGGAAACUUUGAAAUCAACCACUUCUAUUGUGGAGAUCCUCCUCUCAUCAAGAUUGCCUGUGGAGGGGUCCACAUCAAAGAAUACACAAUGAUUGUGAUUGCUGGAAUUAAUUUCACAUAUUCUCUCUCAGUGGUCCUCGUCUCCUAUAUUCUCAUUGUAGUAGCUGUGCUACGCGUGCACUCUGCUGAUGGGAGGAGAAAGGCAGUCUCCACUUGCGGGUCCCACUUGCCAGCUGUUACCAUGUUUUAUGGGACUCUCAUAUUCAUGUAUCUCAGGCGGCCCACAGAGGAGUCUGUGGAGCAGGGGAAAAUGGUGGCUGUGUUUUAUACCACAGUGAUUCCCAUGCUAAAUCCUAUGAUCUACAGUUUGAGAAACAAGGAUGCGAAAGAGGCUGUCCACAAAGCAAUCAUCAAAGCAAACUUGGGGAAGUGAAACUGCAACAGAAAUUUUUACGUUGUGUUGCUACCUAUUACAAAUAU